CUCUCUCACUUCUCCUCGGAUGCUCUGCCUGGCAACAUGGGAUCCACAAACGUCCUCCCGUGUUCCUGUGUCCUUAUAAUGUUAGCUAUCCUGACUGGAGUUUCAGGACAGAGUGAAACUACACCAGGGAGAACCAACUACACCAGGCCGGUGUUCCUGUGUGGAGGGGAGCAUGUGGCAGAGUCUGGCUUCAUCGCAAGUGAAGGAUUCCCCAGCCACUACAAGCCCAACAGCAAAUGUACCUGGUACAUAACGGUCCCGGAGGGUAACGUGGUGAUGCUGUCCUUCCGUAUCUUUGAUCUGGAGGCAGACCCACAGUGCCGCUACGAUUUCCUGGAGGUGUACAACGGCCACGCCCACACCUCCCAGCGCCUGGGCCGCUUCUGCGGCACCUUCCGCCCCGGCGCCCUCAUCUCCACCAGCAACAAGAUGAUGGUGGAGAUGGUGUCGGACUCGGAGACCACGGGGCGCGGCUUCAUCGUGGCGUUCAGUGCGGGCAAGCCGCACGUCGACGAGCACCAGUUCUGUGGAGGGAAGCUCACGAAACCACAAGGAUCCCUACACACGCCCAACUGGCCAGAGAGUAACUACCCAGCAGGCAUCAGCUGCUCCUGGCACAUCAUCGUCCCUAACAACCAGGUGAUCGAGGUCUCCUUUGACAAGUUUGAUGUGGAGCCCGACAGCUACUGUCGCUAUGACUACGUGGCUUUCUUCAGCGGGGGGGAGUCGGACGACUCCAAACUCAUCGGAAAAUACUGCGGAGACGAGGCACCAGAAGCCUUCGUCUCAAACAGCAGUGAGUUGCUGGUCCAGUUUGUGUCUGACCUCAGUGUGACCGGUGAUGGCUUCAUGGUUUCCUACAGCGCACACCCUAGGGGGUCCAAACCCACCACACCAGAGAGGGGGGUCCGGCCGGCAGCCAAGCCCGCCCCGGGGCCCAAACCCACCAAGCCUGCGAAACCAGUAAAACCAGUAAAGACCACCCCGGGGCCCAAACCCACCAAGCCUGCGAAACCACUAAAACCAACAAAACCAGUCAAGCCCACGAUCAAACCAGAUCUCAAAGCCACAGCCAAGCCCGUCGUCUCCAAACCCACUCCCAAGCAGACGGGGUGGGUCAUGCCCAUUCCCAGACCGGGGGCCAGACCCACCCCCAAACCAGGCAGUGGAGCUGGGCUGAAGCCAGCAGUGAGACCCGGAGGCAGGAACGGCACCAGAACCAUCCCAGAGAGUGGGUUGCCCCUGUGUGAGCAGCGCUGUCGGAGGGGCGGGACCAUGCAGAGCCACUUCUGCAACAGCGAGUUCGUGAUCACGGGUAAGGUAACAACAGCUGUGUCGGGCCCCGGGGACACGCUGUUGGCCACGGUCUCUCUCAUCAAGGCCUACAAGGCGGGCAGCCUGCGGAUCCAGCAAGCGGGCCAGACCAUGAGCGUGAAGCUGGUGUCGAGCUGCAAGCGCUGCCCCCUCAUCCGCCGAGGUGCUAACUACAUCCUGAUGGGGCAGGUGGAUGCGGAGGGGCGUGGCACUCUGUCUCCCAGCAGCUUCACUUUGCUCUACAAGACCCCCCACCAGAAGAUCCUGACCAAUCUCACAGCACGGCCCUGCUGACCUCACCCGGCACCCGACCAAUCACAGCCACGCUCCGCCCACAACGACGUAAGGCCGAGAGGAGGACCAACCCAGGACAGCCGGUUCUGACUCCUCCCCUUUUCCCCUUUGUCAUUUUUUUUUUAAUGCAACGCCAGUCUCUGAAUUUAAUUCCGAGCGUGUAUGUGAAUUUUUUUUAAAACAGAUUACCAAAUAUAUCAAAUAUAAAUGAAUUACAUUACUAAAGGCUACUAUAAGUGACGGCCAAAAAUGAAAUAUUUUCCCUGGAAGUCGUUUAGCCUUUAAUGGAACUACCAGAGCACGGAUCUCUGCAGAGUUUGUCUGUUGCCACGGUCUUACUGUUUUCAAGCGUAUUGAAUUCCAUGCAGACCCUGCUUGUUCAAUUCGGAUCAUUUCUAAGUUCUUUCCACUUUGCGUCCGUUUCUUUGAGUCCCGUCUCAAAGCAAUCCCCUCUUUUCAUAUCAAUACCGUCUCGUAAUGCUGAGCGACAGACUGGAGCUUUUUCAGAGAGACACCGCUCACACCAAGUGAGAAAAAACACGCAAAACUGCACCUGUGCGUCUCCAGAUAUAGACUCGAGACAGAGGGAAGGAGACACGUCUUCACACAGAGAGCGGCGAGGGGGGAGGGGGGGUGGGUGGAACGGGUUACCCAGGGUUACCUAGUCAAGCUAUCGAGGCAGAAGCACUGGGAUCCUUCAAGACCAGGCUUGACGAAGUUCUGAGAUCAAUCAGCCGCUCGGAACCGGACAGCCCGAACCGGACAGCCCGAACCGCCUCCUCUGGAUCUUUUAGCAGAAAGCAUGCAGAUAUACCCUAUGGGAGUUCCAUUAAAGCAGCUAUUUGAACACAUGGAUUUUAUAUUUGAUGCUCAUUCCAGAGGAUAGCGAUGUGAGAGAGGGAAAGAAAAAACUGUAGCACAGUUUCAAAUUUAUAAUUUGUCUGUUUUUUUACUAAAAGCGAUUAAAGUGUCGGUAUAUUUUCAACGACCCGACUUUCUAUGUUUCAAACCAUCGGUUCAAAAAAGGAACGUCACUUUUCAUUAUCCUUUUUAUUAAUUACGCAUUUAAAACUACUCACUUCUAUAGCCCUGCAUGUCAGUUACCCAGACGUUUCGUUCAUUAUAAAUCACAAGCACAUUUCUGAGGAGCGGGUUAUCUAUUCAGGGAUGUCUACAGCAGGGUUUGUGAAUUUUAUAUUAAUAAUAUUAAUGAUUGUUUAUCACAGUGCUAUGAUGUAUGAUCCUGAAUAAAAAUCGGUCUAUUAUAAA